ACGACAACCGGAUGUUGAGUGGCGCGCAUGAUUAACAAGGCAACUUUGUAUCCGAACAGACUUAAAAGAAAAGGUUUUCGACGAAAUGGCUGGACGAACGCAAGUGGUGUCAACACGUCGUCGCAAAAAACCUCAGACAGCAUCGGUACUAGGGGGCAUUAAGGGCACAUAUGAGGAUCGUGACAAUGAUUAUGUCUGUCCUGUGUGUUUUGAUGUCAUUGAUGAAGCCCACAUGACAAAAUGUGGCCAUUCCUUUUGCUACAAGUGUAUCAAACAGAGUUUGGAGAAAUCCAAUAGGUGUCCAAAGUGUAACUAUGUCAUUGAGAAUCCAGAUCAAGUUUAUCCUAACUUUUCAUUGAAUGAACUGAUCCUCAAGUUCAAAGGUAAACAAACAGAGAAGAAACGGAAGACUGAAAGGACAACUGGUUCCAGUCUUGCUGAGCUUGUGGAACUUCUGUCAGAUGACAUUGACCUUUCCAAUGUCAACUUUCUUUUAGAAGUUUUAGCUAGCAAAAAGCAGAAACUGGAAGCAGAUGGUCAGUUUGCUGAAAGCUGUAUUCUAAAAGAGUUUCUACAACAAGUCAGGCAGAGGAAACAGACACAAUUGGAUCAGUUAAUGCGAGAGAUAAGUAUUCUGGAUGCAGACUGUCAAGCUGUAGAGGACCGACUUAAGGAACAGCACCUCAAACUGACAUCCUGUCCAGAUCACUUGGUGCCCAAUGGUUUUGAACCACCACAACCGGCAACCAUUCUUGAUGUAGCAUGUGAUGAGGGAUUUAACAGCAGCCCAAAAGUUAGUGUGCCAUCACAAGCUGUGGAAGAUCGCUUACUUUCUGUAACCAAGCAGGUCAGCAAGGAUGAUGAACUGGAUGUUGUGUACACAGAUGAUGUUGUUUUACAGGCUUCAGGUCUGACAUCAUAUUCACAACCACCUUACCUCCAGACAUCCCUUGCCUCACGUAGAAAAAAGAUAAGUCAACAUUUUGAAGACCUUGAACAGUGCUACCUCACCAUAAGGACAUCAGGUCUUAAACCUGGCCCUGAAGGAAGUGGUCAGGGGUUAGAUGAGUUUACAAACUGCCUGUCAAAAUUCACAAGAUACUCCUCCUUUCGACCUCUUGCUACCUUGAGCUAUGCUGUUGACCACUUCAAUGGUGGCUCCAGCAUUGUCUCUAGCAUUGAAUUUGAUCGGGACAGUGAGUUCUUUGCCAUUGCUGGAGUGACCAAAAAAAUCAAGGUGUAUGAAUACGAUACUGUGAUCAAGGAUGCUGUAGAUAUUCAUUAUCCUAUCAUUGAGAUGGUGUGCCAGUCCAAGAUAAGUUGUGUUGGAUGGAGCAGCUACCACAAGGGUGGGCUUGCCAGUUCAGACUAUGAGGGUACAGUCACGCUAUGGGAUGCCAACACUGGUCAGCGUGUCAAAAUGUUUCAGGAGCAUGAGAAAAGAUGCUGGAGUGUGGAUUACAAUCGAAUGGAUCCCCGCUUGUUGGCCUCUGGAUCAGAUGACUGUAAAGUUAAAUUAUGGUCAUGCAAUGUUGACCACUCUAUUGCAAGUCUGGAAGCAAAGGCCAAUGUUUGCUGUGUCAAGUUCAACCCAGAAAGUCGUUUCCAUCUAGCUUUUGGCUCUGCAGACCAUUGUGUCCAUUACUAUGAUCUUCGUCAGACACGUCAGGCAGUAGGAGUUUUCCGAGGCCACAAAAAAGCAGUCUCCUAUGUCAAAUUCUUGUCCAGUGAAGAAAUUGUAUCAGCGUCCACAGAUAGUCAACUCAAACUGUGGGACCUUAAGCGUCCUAACUCCAUAUGUACUUUCACGGGUCAUACAAAUGAAAAAAACUUUGUUGGCCUGGCAACUGAUGGUGAUUAUGUAUCAUGUGGAAGUGAAAACAAUUCCCUUUACUUGUACUACAAAGGACUGUCCAAACAUAUAAUGACAUACAAAUUUGACACAGUGCGAAGUGUGCUGGAAAAGGAGAGGAAAGAUGAUGAUUCCAGUGAGUUUGUCAGUGCUGUGACAUGGAAACCUGGUGCUAAUGUGUUGGUGGCUGCCAACAGCCAAGGUACAGUAAAAGUGCUGGAAAUUGUAUGAAGUUGGCCACAUAUGACUGGCAGUCCUGGUUUUUCAUUCCACACUGUACCCCUACAUCAGUAGCUGCUGAGGACUGGAUCAAGACAUGCUGCAACAGAUGCAGUUGGACACAUCAAGGGAUUUGCAUUUUAAGAACAACCAUCAAAGUGCCUGAUCCCCUUCCCUGAAUUCUGCAGCCUGCUUAAGUGCUCACUGCAAGUCCUUCUCAAAAAGACAACUGCUGUCACCUGACCAUUUCAUGUGAAAUGGUUGUAGGAAGGCUAUAGGUGCAGGUAGCCUAGUGCUGCUAGAGGAUACCCACACCCUGGGAACCUGCAGACUAUGCCACCUGGUGCUAUACAAUAGUCCUACCACAGAUUAGAAGAAGAUCCUAAUCAUAUGCAGAUUGGAUUAAAAUUUUGGUGGCCAGUAUACCAUGGCACAUCAUUAUACAAACAGAAUGAACAAAAUACUUCAGGGUAAGAUGGCAGAUAUUUUAUGCCCUGGUGUAAGGUACUUUGUGAUGUAAACAAAGCAGUCCGCUCAAGUGCUGUGCAUUGACAUCUGGAUUGAUGCUGACUUCUAGCCAUGGGUGAUAGGAUUGAUCUCCAACACCAUGGGCAGAAUUGAAAUAGGGCCACUAAAACAAUAAAUUUAUCCCCCCCACCCCACCCACCCCCCAAAAAAUUGCUAAUAGUACAGCCUUCAUGUGAUGACAUACUUGUUCUGAGCAUUCUUAUUUAUUACAGACUGCAGCACUUAAGACUGGCGCUGGCGUUUCCAGAAGCGUUUCACAUCAUCAUGUCCAUCCUUUGUUACAACCAUAACCCGCUUUUCUGGCAUCUCCCAUACCAACACAUCCAUCUCCUGUAACAGAAUGAGAUUUUGCAUCAAAUACCUGCAAAGAGUUAAACGAAUAAUACAAUGUUGAAUAGAUCCCAGACAUUUGUUUCACCUUCAAGGCUUUUUUUUUUUUAUAUAAAAAAAAAAGACUUUCUGUAGCAGAAAUAAGACAUUUCUACUCAGAAGACUUGUGAUGAGGCCACCUUUACUGCAAGUCUUUACAGAUUCUUAGCCCAUGGGUUUUAUCAUUUGUGUUAUAAAAAUAUCACGAAGGAUUCUGUUAACAGGCUUUGGAUAAAAGAUUGGCUGAUAGAGUCAGCCACUUAUUUAGCACUUGUGUUUGCUGAUAAUUAUGUAUAUGAAAACAGGACAUAAUUCACUUGGAAGCAUGUUGUGUGGUGAUUUAUAGAAUGUUAAAAUAUUUACAAGAAUACAAUACCAUUUCCAUAUUACUUGGCUGAAUUCAGUACAAGAUUUUAUUUCCGAAAAUCUGAGGGUUAUUCUUAAGAUGCAAGCCUACAAACAUGAAGCAUAGGUCCAGGGUUACAUUUCAUUAACAUACGAUCUUCUGUUGGCUCUGGCCUUUACUCCUUCAAAGCUAAGCUUUUAAUCACAUUAACAUUCACCUUUCCUCCCAAAGUUUUUUUUUUUUUUUCUAACCUUUGCAUAAUCACGAAGCAUUUCAAAGUCAGCCUGUGACAGAAACUGGUUAUACAGUAUGCCCUCUGUGAAAGUCAAACGAGCACGCUCCAGUUCCCAAAGUCUGAUCUGAUCACUGAUGGUUGGUGGUAUCACAGGGUUCUGUCAAAUAAUACUUAACUUUUAAAACAUGCGUAUUUGUGGUGGAAAUGCCACAGUACAACGGUAUAGAAUGCCGAGACAUAUAACUAGUAAGAGAAGAAAUUUAAAAGGAAAACCAAAAUUACAAAGUGGUGGGGGGGAUUCACAGGAGAAGGGGAAUGUUAAGGCAAGAACAUUCUCCAGCAAGUAAAAAGCAUCUGACAGGUACAACAGGUCAGAACUAAAGGCUGGAAGAAAAGAAGAUGACAUGAGAUAGCCCAUCGGUCUUGCUGUUAACAGAAACACAAUUGGCAACUAAACAUUACAUAUCUGGAUUGCCUAAACUGCUAAACCAUGUGGUGCCAUAUUUUUUUUAAUAAAAGCAUACCUUCUUCAUCAUCUCUGGAUGUGCAUGACUUCGCAGGUAAUUCAAAAUCUGUUGAUAAAGAGCAGUUAGACUUAGAGUAGUCCUGUUUAUGGGGUGUUGAGCUACCAUAAAAGUAUUCUGCCACAGUAUUCAGAUGUCUCUAUAUGAUGCCAGAAUAUUGAAAAUAACCUCCCAGGACUCCACAACCUAUUGUUAGUAAAAAGCAACGUGCAAAAUAUAGGGCACAAAAUUUGAAACAUCAACAAAUACUUUCAUGAUCUCCAGAUCCCUGUUGCUUGUUACUAGCAAUAUGUGCAGUGCUUAGAAGUUGUUUUCUGCAUUCCAAAAUUCUUGUAUUCAACAUCAUAGGCUCCAUACGAAGGGGGUGGGGGGGAAAUGGAUGUAGAUGUCUCGGAAACUGCAGAAAUGCUUUAUCAUUUUGUCUUUGCAAUUAAAUUCUCACAUCAGAUUUGUAAUAAACAAGAUUGUUUACUAUUAACUACAGAAUUUUAAUUGUAUGUAUUGAAAUAAACUGGUGUACAGUGCA